ACGUCUCGCUCGGUGAACAGACAGUCGGCCGUCGGUCAGCGAGUGUUUCCACAAUGUCUGGAGAAUAAUUUUAACGGAAUAGGAGCCGGGCGGAAACACCGGGGCAGCGUUAGGUAAGAGUAAAAUACUGAGCCCUCACUUCCUGUACGGUGACGUCAGACCUCACCACACCUACUGCACCUGCACAGCUGAAGGCAGAACCAGACUGAAAACACAAGAAGAAGACCAAUCCUGACUGAAACUGAUCCGUCAUGGAUCAGUGAAGUCUUUCCCACCCUGCCAGUUAAAAGAAAUGUUUUUGGGAGCUGGAGGCCGUAGCACUGUCAGCAGAGUGUGUGUGGGGCCCCUCCUCUCCCUCUUCCCUAGCACCCCUCCUGACAUGGGAUGCCAGCCCCCUGCCCCUUAGCCCUGAGCUCUCCUGGGGAGCCAUGAACAGCUACAGAGACAGAGGGGUCACUUGCACCUCCUCGGACCUUCUGGAUGGAGGAGGAGGAGGAGGGGUGCCCCAGCACACUCCAUUUCGACAGACCCCCAAUGGCCACCCAGCCCCUGGCCCCACAGACCCAUCCAUCCAGUCACGCAUGUCUGUGCCCAAAAUGGGUGUUCGAGCACGCAUCGCAGAGUGGCCUCCACGUCGUGCACAGUCCCGGGAGUCGCUACUUGAAAACGGGCAGAUUGGCAGCAAUCACUAUGGAGAUGACUGCUCCACUUCAGUUUCAUCGUCAGUUUUGUCAUCCGAGGUCGGGCUGGUGCGAGGAGGAGUCGCCAGGUUACCACGACGACGGUCGAAGGAUGUAGAGUUCAGAGUAGGCGGGUUUGGAGGUGAAAGAGGUUCUCCUUUGAGCCUAAGAGUCUUCCCACCGUUAAGACAGCGCUCCAACAGUGAAGUGACGCUAAGCGAACAGGAUGAGAAUGAGGUGGAGGUUCGAGGAGGUGGCGGGAUGGGGAACCUGUUCAGAGAGUACGGCAGCACCUCCUCCAUCGACAUCCAGGGCAUUCCUGAGCAGAGCUUCUUUGACAUGCUCAGCCAGUUCCACCAGGAGAGGCCUGACCAGCGCAGUUCAGCACCCAAACAUCUCAGGGAGCUGCUGUGUGCUCCAGACUCGCCACUGAGCGCACCUCUCCCCUCUGCUCCCUCACCUGGUCCCACAGGUGGGGACGACAGAGGGACAGGAAGGAAGGAUGGAACUGAGAGAGUGAGGAAGAAAAGUGGAGGUACAGAGUCGUCACUGGGCACCUCCUCUUUGUUCAAGAAACUUCGGAGUGCUAGCAGAGGGGAGCUGGAUGGAGGGAAAGGAGAGAUUAGUGAAGAUGGAGGACGAGGCUCAGCAGAUGCCUCCUACAAACCGUGGGUGUGCCCCAAGAGCUUUGUCCACUUUGAUGCUCAGAGCAUCUUGUUUGACCUCCACGAGGCGGCGGCUCAGCGCGGCUUUGUCACCCAGAGGAGGAACACUGCCACAGGGGCAUCAGCUGCUUCAGUGUCCCUAUCUGUCUCCAGACCCUCUGCUCCUAGUGUGAAUGACCCGGUUUACUCCAGCAUUGAGGACCUAACCCUGAGCCUCGACCCCGGCUCCACAACACCAUCCCUGAGCAUGGACCCACUGGAUGGGCCUCCUGGAGCCCACAGCUCAAGCCCACUGCUCCUCUGCUGCCCACACUUCGUCAAUGAGACCGGAGGCCAUGGGGAGCGCAACAUCAGCUUCCUCAGCUCGUCAGCAGAGAGAGGAGGAGAUGGAGGAGGAGAAGGUGGACGGGGAUGGCUGAGAAGGAGUAACGCCAGCGUCUCAGUGCUGGAGGUGCCUGUUGAACAGCAGGUUAUGAGACUGGACAGAUUGAAACUGUACAGCAUAGAACACGUAGACCUGGGGGCCAGGUACUACAGAGACUACUUUCAUGGGAAAGAGCACUCAAACUACUUUGGGACAGAUGAUAAGCUGGGUCCUGUGGCCUUGAGCAUCCGCAGGGAGAAACUGGAAGACACCAAAGACCUGAAAGACCAGUAUCAGUACCGCCUCAUCGUCAGAACAAGCGAGUUGGUGACACUGCGGGGCUCCAUUCUAGAGGAUGCAGUUGCGUCUACAGGGAGACACGGCACGUUGCGGGGUCUACCGCUCAAAGAAGUCCUGGAGCAGGUCGUCCCCGAGCUCAACGUGUCUUGCUUGAGACUGGCACUCAGCACGCCCAAAGUCACAGAGCAGCUCCUUAAACUGGAUGAGCAGGGGUUAAGUCAGAAGCACAAGGUGGGUGUUCUGCUGUGCCGUGCAGGCCAGAGCACAGAGGAGGAGAUGUACAACAACGAGGAGGCGUCGCCCGCCUUCUCUGCCUUCCUGGAGCUGCUGGGGGAGCAGGUGCUUCUCAAAGGAUUCACCAAAUACGCCGCACAGCUCGACACAAAGACGGACUCUACGGGCACCCACUCCCUGUACACCACCUACCAGGGCUACGAGGUCAUGUUCCACGUGUCCACCAUGCUGCCAUACAUGCCCAACAACCCACAGCAGCUGUUGAGGAAGAGGCACAUAGGGAACGACAUUGUCACCAUAAUCUUUCAGGAGCCAGGAGCAUUGCCUUUCACCCCUCAGAAUAUCCGUUCACACUUCCAGCAUGUCUUCGUCAUUGUGCGUGUACACAACCCCUGCUCUGAAAACACGUGUUACAGUGUUGCUGUGACAAGGAUGAAGGAUGUGCCCCCCUUUGGCCCACCCAUUCCCAGCGGUGUCACCUUCCGGGACCCAGAAACCUUUCGUAACUUCCUUCUUGCCAAAGUUAUCAAUGCAGAAAAUGCAGCACACAAGUCAGAAAAGUUCCACACCAUGGCGACACGAACACGGCAGGAGUACCUGCGUGACCUGGCUGAGAACUACAUCAGCAGCACACCGCUCGACUCAGCCGGCAAGCUGAACAACCUCAUCUCACUCGCAUCCAAAAAACGCGAGCGCUCAAAGGCCAGAGAGGGAGCGGAGCUGGGCGCUGCGGGGGCCGUCGCCUGGAGGGUCCAGGCCCAGGACUUUAGCGGAGGUGGGACGGAGCUCCCCUGUGCCUUGGGUUUGUCGGCUGAAUACGUCCUUCUCACAGACUGCUCCACCAAAGAGGUGGUGUUCAACUGUUUCUGUGCGGACGUGAUCGGCUGGACACCGGAGCGUCUGGCACUGAAGAUUUUCUACGGUAGAGGAGACCACAUCGCUGUGCGGGUACCGGAGGGCUGUGCGCAGGACAUCAGGGAAGUGGUGCAGAGGUUAAAGUCGUUAACAAUUGGAUGUGAGACGGUGGAUAUGACUCUGAGAAGAAACGGACUGGGACAGCUAGGCUUCCAUGUUCGCCUGGAUGGCACUGUGGCUGAGGUGGAGGAAUACGGCUUUGCCUGGCAGGCAGGUCUAAGGCAGGGCAGUCGGUUGGUGGAGAUCUGCAAGGUGGCUGCGGUGACGCUUACUCACGAACAGAUGAUCGACCUGCUGAGGACGUCGGUCACGGUCAAAGUGGUCAUCAUCCCUCCGUACGAAGAGGGGGGGCCUCGCAGGGGCUGCACAGAGGAGUAUGAGAUGAAGACCAUGGAGCAGAAGCCAGAACCUGAGCCUCUGGCGGCAGGCUACCGGCCCUCCCCUCGUCCAACGUGGCGAUGGGACAGCCCAUCUAUUCCUCCAGGGGCACAGAUCACCAACCCGCAGCGCUGGGCCACCAUGGUCCCCCCGCCUCCUCCACCCACCCGCUCACACAAGGCCCUAAUGCCUGUUCCCUACAGAGAACCACAGCACCUCAUCUCCAAGAGGCCAGUGAGCUACCCAGAGAACCACUACAGCCUGUCUCCUGCAGGAGGCGACAGAAUGCUGCCCUACAGAAACACCUCAGCCAGCUUCUCCUCUCCCUCCUCGGGCUUGGUUGGCCUCUCCACGAUGGGGCCGCCUGGAAUCACACCAGGCCCAUUUGUACGCUACAAACAUUCACCCGACAGAUAUGGAACAGUCCAGCGCCCCCUGCCGCCCUAUGAACCCCACCUCAGUGUGGACAUCACUUCCAGUGGAGAGUCUUCCUCAGGCUUCACCAGCCAGGACAGCACCAUGGAGCGCUGCAAAACAGAGCCCCUCUGGCAUGUCCCAGCGUCAUCGUCUCGGGUACCAGGUGGUGGAGGGGGCCAGAGGAGAAUAACCAGACAGGAUGUCCAAGGGAAAGACUCUCCAAACAGACACUCAAAGGGUGAGACUCAGUACUCCAGUCACUCCAGCAGUAACACUCUGUCCAGUAACGCCUCCAGCAGCCACAGCGACGAGCGCUGGUUCGACGGAGGAGCUGGAGGAGAGCGAGGCGUGGGCGGGGGUUGCCUCGGUGACCCGGCCGACCCUGACCCCGAACUUGUCAACAAAGGCGGGUCCAACGACAGCGGCAUCGACGCCUCGACGCACUACAACAACAUUCGCCACGGAAACAUGUCCAACAACCAGUCCCACAAGCCCAUGCACUGCUCUGCGACCUACAGCGGCAUCCAGGAGCUGUCCGUGGGAAGGAGCAGUGGCGGAGGAGAAGCGAGGAGACGAGAGUCUUCACCCAUCAUACCAGCUGCAGCCAAUCAGAACAAAGGGUACCGGACGAGGACAUUCCCGCCUCCUGGCUCCAGUGCUGAUAAAAUGGAUGCUUUCAAACCCAGGGCCUACACACCGCAGGGUUACAAGACUCCGACAACGGAGAAAGCGCGGCAUGUCCGAGCCGCUACAGCAACACCCACUUCAGCUCAGUUAAGCUCCAUCCCUCUGUCCAGCUCCGCCCCCAAAGCCUUAUACGGGAAGAGCAGACAAACGGCCUGGCAGAACGAAGACAACAGCCCAUCGCCAUCAAACACAACCAACACAUCCAGCUCUGACAGCAGCAACAGCAAGAAGCAGGUGGAUGCGAAUUCAAAGAACGUGUUCGGACAACCUCGACUCCGAGCAUCACUGAGAGACCUGCGCUCUCCACGACGGACCUAUAAGAGCACCAUCGAGGACGACCUGAAGAAACUGAUCAUCAUGGACAACCCGGGAGAGAUGCCACAAAGAGACCCAUCUCCCAGACGAACUUUGCAGCGCACCUUUUCGGACGAGUCGCUGUGCAGCGGGCGCAGGGACUCCAGCUUUGCCAACUCUGAGAACCAGACGACUCCUACUGACGUACUGUUCACCUGCACGCUGCCCACGCGCAGACACGCCUCCUCCUCCAAUCACACGCAGAGCAAGAAGGUGCCUCUGUCUGCGUCAGAGCUGUCUCUUACAGAAGUUAGAGACAAAGUUCCCCCCCUGAGGAGGCUCGACCCUGGGCUGAUGCCUCUUCCUGACACAGCCUGUGGACUGGAGUGGUCCAGUCUGGUCAACGCUGCUAAAGCCUACGAAGGUGAGAACGGGGACGCUUCAGGAUUAGCACAAAGAGCAGUUUCCCUCUUCUCACUGACUGAGCCGCAGGUUGGCGGUCCAGACAUGAGACCAGUCAUAAGCCCGGUUCAGUUUCACACUCCUCAGACACCGCGGACCACACCGACCUUCAGCUGUGAUGAGGUGCCCAACGAUUUGUCCGGUCGGCUCUACCACCUGGAAGUCAUGUUAAAACAGCUGAAUACUGAUCUGGAGAGAGAGAAGCAGGAUAAAGUCGUUCUGCUCGCAGAGAUGGCCAACCUGAGAGAGAACAACCAGCGCUUGCAGGAAGAAAGCCAGACAGCCAGUGAGCAGCUGCGCAAGUUCAGCAUGUUUUUUACCAACCUCAACAAGACAGGAAGUGAGCACGAGGCUCACUCCUUAACACACGAAACUGACUCAAAGAGGGACUGAUCAACAGCUGCAGAAGAGGAGGAGGAGUGUGAGAUUCAGGCCACAGGGAGGGCGAGUGUGACAGACAUAUUCUUUCAGGAGGCAGAGGUCACAAUGAUGUUACCUCACCCAGUUACCUCCACUGGUCUGCCUUAAACCAGAGAGAGUGGGAAAGAGACGAUUUUUAAAUGCAACACUCCCAGCAAGUCUCACUGAGCGUGUGCACAGACGAAGCAGAGCCCCUCCCUCGCUGCUCUCUGAGCCUGUUUAUUUUUUUAAACCGAAGUCAAAAAGUCUUAUAUGCUUGUCAUAUAUAUGUAUAAAUAUAUAUGCUACUAUGCCGGUGGAGCGACUAGGAGAGGAGAACCUGACUAUUUUUGAGAACACUACAUCACCUGGAGAGGCCUAAUACUGUUCCUGCAGCGAAUCAGCCAAAAAAAAAAAAAGAAAAAAAAAAAACACAUUACAGACUGCAUCUCCCAGAAUGCACUAGACGUAAUGGAAGCUCUACAGACAUGGUACUGUAGAUAGAUGCCUGUGUGGUACAAUUCUCAUGUAUCAAUAUUAUCUAUAUUGUACUGAUAUUGCAUAACAGUCGUACUAAAGAGGUGUGUGUGUGUGUGUGUGUGUGUGUGUGUGUGUGUGUGUGUGUGUGUAAUUGAUGGUACAGCAAAUACUCUGAAGCAUUACUGCACAACAGUGUUUGUGCUGAAGGCUAGAUGUGUUUUAUUACCCUUCGAUGUGUGUAUGUGAGAAGGUUGACUGUGAUGAUCUGUUAAAGGACAACUGAGUGAUGAACAAAUUAGUUUACUGUAAUAUGAAACUUGUGGGCCACAGUAUGUUUCUUUCCUCCGUUUACAUGGAUGAACCGUGGCCCAUAGAUGUGAAACAAGCCAUCAGCGUGUUGAGAGUAAAUGGUCGAUGUCAGAAACUCAGUGAUACCAGUAUCAUAUCUCUAAUGUAGUGCGUUGUUUUGAAUUAAAUUUUCACUGUUUCCAGUAGUGCCGCGUCAUCUCAGAUCUCAACAUACUGGAUAAUUAUUUUAACCUUGAGUCGUUAUCACAGUACAGUACUUUUAAAUAACCUUUUAUUAUAUUAUUUAAAGCAAUAGUUGGACAUUUUGGGAAGUAUCUCCACUUACACGCUUUCUGUUAGAUGUAAGGAUUUAUACCACUAUCACUCGAACUCUUAACUAACUGUAAUCGGCUAAGUAUCCGCCUACCAGCACAUCUAAAGGUCAGUAUUUAACACAUUCUGUUUCCUGGUUGCUUGGCCAUUGAUCCCGGUGUCUGUCCCAUAUUCUGUGUGUGAAAA